AUGAAUGGUCUAGCGUUGAGAAUAAGUCGAGGUAGCGAUAGUAAAUCAAAAAAAUCAAUUGGUUUUUCUCCUGUAAACAUAUCAAUUUCUAGUUUUAAAACAUCAGAUAAAUAUCACGAAUUAUUUCAAAAAUUUGCUGAUGCCACUUCUACAGACGAACAGUUACCUAUUUUAAGAAAGAUUGUAGAUCUGUACAGAGAUGCGAUUGACACUGAUAUUAUAAAGUUUAUGGUCGUCGUGUUUCUACAAGCAGAGGCUAAACAUCCUCUGAAAUGUUUUAUCGCAAGGCAUGUCACAAAAAACAGCAACCUUCAAGAACCAUUUACAAGUGUACUAGCAUCACAGAUAUCUACAAGAAUAUCAGUAGAGCCGACACACUACAAGGAAUACGAAGAUGUCGUAAGCAAAGUGGCAACAUGUAUUGAGAAUUUUAACGCAGGUGUCGCAGCUGUACGGAUUGUGGAAAUAGAACUUGGCACUUACUUGAUGAACUGUUUGGAUUUCUGUGUGGAUCUAUUGUUGAGCGAAAGCAAAACCUUAUCACCAACGGAAAAGAACGAAAUUUUCACCCUAUCCCAUAUUACUCUACGCCUGUUACUACAUAUUGUUCAGAAAGCAAACGAUGAGAGCCUCAGCGAGUUAAUUCCUUUGUUCAUUAUCAUAGAGCUGUGUAUUAAAGACUUGAUGAUGCACAAUGAUGUGCCUAUGGAUACUAAAUCAGUGUGUGGCAUACUGUUUAUUUCUAUGUAUAUUGUAAAGAAUGGACCUGACAGUUGGCUACAAGUCUUAAAUCCCUCUACUUGCAAUGACUCUCUGCUAGGCCUACUCGAGGCUGAAGCAUCCCAACUAUGUUUAUAUUCGGCCUUAAUAACAGUUGUGUCAGUGGAUAAACUUGAGGCAGUAUAUGUUAAAGGUGAUCCGGCUAUCCUCAGCUUGCUGUCUAAGAUAUUGGAGAUAGGCGAAAGGAGUUCAUUAGAAUCGACGGUGAUACUUGGCGUCGCGCGCACUGUUCACCAAAUGAGUAAAUGUCUUCAGAAAAUAACAGUCAGGAGCACGGGGCUGAAAAUAGUGGACUCCCUUGUGACAUUCGCGUGGUCCCACCUGGACCACUACAUGGACAGCGUGAGGCAUCUCACUGCGCAGAUGUUGGCCACUGUGGUCAACUAUUGCGCUAAGUUGGACAGAGAAGGUGAUGACUCCGCUCUUUGUAAGCUACUUUCAGCCCUAAAGUCCUUAGACACGUCCCGUAGGAGCUACUACGUGAGUGUGAGCUGCUUGGUGAGCGAGGUGGGAGCGGGGCGAGUGCUGCACACGUGGCCCACGCUCAUACAGGACGUGCUCGGGGCUCUCAGCUCACAACACAUACAGGCUAGCGCAACAGUGUGUCUGGAGAGCCUGGUGAGCUCCGACGCCAGGUCGUGCGGGACGGAGGAGCUGCAGGCGCGCUGGCUGCGGCCCGUGCUGGAGCACGCCGCGCGCUCUGACCCCGACUGCACCGUCAUCAACAUCCUGGAGAACUUGCUCGUCACCGCCGUCAAGCUGGAUCGCGGACUCAUUCGCUACAUAAUACCAUACAUAAAACAGUCCCACGAAAAUACAAGCAAACCCAUGGACUUGAAAUGUGUCCUGAUGCUUCUGUCGGUGACGCGCAAGUCCGGCGCCAGCGACAGUCUGCCGCUUUCUGGAGGGGACGGAAGCGACGAGUGGAGGGGGGUCAUCGGGUACGAGGUUCUGAGGCGAGCUGCUAUUGAUGCUGUUGAUGAGGUACCUAUGAUACGAUACUAG